AGGUAGUUUAAAUUGAAGCUCCGUCUCUCGAAACCGGUUACUCAGCGCGUUGAACUUCCUUGAUACUCGUUUAACGGUGAUCGUUUUUGUGAGAAUUAGACACAAAUUAGAGGACAAACAAACAGUAAAAUGCUCAAAAGAACUUUUAUAAUUUUAUAUUUAAGCAUAUUGGUGAUUAAUUUAAAAGUGCAAGCUAUUGGAAAAUAUAAAGGAUUAGAAUUUCUCGAACCAUGUUCCAAAAGAGAUCCUAGUUUUGAUAUCUGUUUAUUAAAAUCGUCUAAUGAACUUAUACGACAAUUCCGAAAAGGUUUACCACAGUUAGGAUAUCCAGAAGUUGAACCUAUUAUUUUGGAUCAAAUAAACAUUGCAAUAGGAGAGGCUCCAAAUAACUACAGAGCACAAUUUAGAAACAUAACUGCAAAAGGUGUAUCAACAUUGCGAGUUUUGGAGCUUCAAUCAAACAUUAGUGAUAGUGAAGUACUAUUACAAGUUGUCUUAGAUAUUCCAAAGAUUGGAGCUGUUGCUAAAUACCGAUCAAGUGGUACUUUAGUUUUUGUACAAGCUGGUGGUGCUGGUGAUUACUGGGGUGAAUACAAAGGAGUUAAAGCUAAAGUUUUUAUACGUGCAAAGCUUUUUAAUGUACACAAUAGACAGUAUCUUAAGUUGCAACAGUUAAAGAUGGAUUUUAGUGUUCGUGAAAUAAAGAUGGAAGUAAAUAAUAUACACGAAGGAAAUAGUAUUCUCCAAAGUGCUUUAAAUUUGUUUAUCAACAGCUACAGUCAAGAUCUAUUGAAGAAAAUGAAACCAGAUAUAAGACGGAAGCUUGUUCAUUUAAUGAGUAAUUUUGUGGAAAAUCUCUUUUCUCAAGUGCCUUACGAUGCUUGGAUGGAAAAUUAAAUUAUAAAUACUGUGUUAUAAGUCUGCUUAUUAUAUAAUUCUUAAAUUAAAAUGUAAAUUAAAUAAUUACCCAGGUGAAAAUGUUCACGUAAAACAAUAUAUAGAAAUUCGUAUUGCGUAAAAAUCUAUUUGAAUUUCCAUGUACUUAUGCAAAUUAUACGUAGUAGUUUGAAAUACUUCGACGUGGAAUUUUACGCAAAAAAUUUUCUUUUUUACAAUUUCUUAAUAAAUAAGUCCUGAGACCCCGUUUGGCGUCACAAAAUUCAAAACUGACGUUUAUUCUUACUUAUAUGUAACCGUUUAGGAAUAAUAGAAGAUAUUAUUUAUAUAUUUAUCGACUUCUACGUGUAUUUUAAAGUGUAAUUGUUUCAAUAUACCACCCGAAAUUCACGUGUUUAAAAACUAUGUUCAUUUUCACGUUAAUAACACAGGCACACAAAAAAUAAAAAGCUGUUUGACCGAGACACUACACUCGUCUCUUUCCAUGUAUUUUUUCCCGCUGAAUCCGAAGUCAGAAUUGUCAGAUUGGUUUUUACUUUUGAAAUAAAUUCAAAAAACUGCUCAGAAAAAAAUAAAAUCAAAAAAUUUAUGAAUGUCACUGCGAUAGUGUAAUUCCAUGUAUUUUUUGCCGCUGAAUCCGAAUUCAAAGUCAGAAUUGCCAGAUUGGCUCAAAUUUUGAAGAUAAUUCCAAAAAAAUUGAUGUUAAGUUUUUUGUUACUUGAGUUUUUUGCAAUUAUCUUAAAACUUUGAGCGAACCUAACAAUUCUGACUUUAGAUUCGGUUUCAGUGGCAAAAAAUACAUGGAAUUACACUAGCUCAGUGUCAUUCAAAAAAUUUUUCACUUUUUGAUUUUAUUCUUUUUUCUGAGCAGUUUUUUGAGUUUAUCUCAAAAAUGAAUACCAAUCUGACAAUUCUGACUUAUGAUUCGGAUUCAGCGGGAAAAAAUACAUGGAAAUAGACUAGUGUUGUGUCUGGGCCAAACAACUUUUUAUUUUUUGUGUACCUGUGUAAUUUCACCAGAUUAGAAAAAAGCAUAGGUACUAUAAUGUAUACUUUUUUCAUAUUUAAUAUUUAAAACAAACUGCUGUACUGUAGAAAAAUAGUAUUUUAGUUGUUUAAAAUUAUAUAUUUUAGGAAAGUUUAAUAUUUAUUAAAUAAUAGAUAAUAAUGUAUGACGAGUGAAUUAACCGAUAUUUCAUUGUUUAUUGAUAAUUUAAAUUGCAACGCCCAAGUCACCUUCAAAUAGUGUAAUUUCCAAAUAUUGUCAAAUUUUACUAAUAUAUUUAUUUUAAAAAAAUCA